AAAACAAAUUAGAUGAUGAGAAACAAAAUUCAAUCGAGUUUAAACACUAGACGUGCCUGAAGAACGAUGAAACUAAUUAUAAGUAUGUGUACUCACUAUAUAUUCAACGUUUCAGAUUUCCAAGGUGCGCUCGAUCGAUUGUAAAUCUUGAGACUCAAGAAACAAGAUAAACUAGUCUACAAAUCUACAUAUAUGUACCUUUGCAAUGCAUGUUAACAAGUUUGCAGAACAAUAGGAUUUCAAUUGCCCGAAGGCUUUGUUUUAAGGUGCAUGUAUACCGUCGUAAUUCUUGGUGUUUCAAAAGAUAUUGGAAGGUAGAGACAGAGUUCCAAAUGACCAUUCUUGUUGAUGCUAAUGCUGAUCAUUGAAAGAAGCUAUGGCCUCAAGACUGGUAAUUUCAAGACGGCGUCUUCCUGGAUUCAGAUGUUUAAUAUUUUUAAUACUUGUGCCAAUUUCCUUGACAGUGAUCUUUAACCACUAUGAAAAGAUCACUUACUUCUUGAGGCCGAUUUGGGAUACACCACCACGCCCAUUAACCUACCUACCGCACUAUUACGCAGAAAAUGCUUCUAUGGCCACCUUAUGUCACCUCCAUGGAUGGACCUUGCGGUCUAAACCACGUAAAGUCUAUGAUGCUAUCAUAUUCAGCAAUGAGCUUGACUUAUUAGAGGUAAGGUGGGGUGAACUUAACCCUUAUGUCACAAAAUUCAUCAUUCUUGAAUCAAAUGCAACCUUUACAGGUAUCCCAAAAGCUCUCACUUUUGCUUCAAAUCGUGAACGUUUUUCAUUUGUUGAGGAUAAGAUUGUUUAUGGGUUUCUUCCUGGUAAGUUAGCGACUGAGGGACAACGAGUAAGCCCGUUCUCUGUAGAGGCACAUCAUCGGGUUUCCAUGAAUGGGUUAAUUAGCAGUUCAGGUAUUUCUAAUGGUGACUUGCUCAUUGUGGCGGAUACUGAUGAGAUUCCAAGUAGAAACACAAUUAAGUUACUCCAGUGGUGUGAUGGGUUGCCUCCGGUUUUGCAUCUUGAUAUGAAAAAGUAUUUGUACUCGUUUGAGUUUCCAACAGAUCCUACAUGGAAGGCUACAAGCCAUGUGUACAAUCAGCAUACUCGUUAUAUGCAUUCACGCCAAACAGAACUAGUUCUUUCUGAUGCAGGAUGGCAUUGCAGCUUUUGCUUCAAGUAUUUGAGUGAGUUUGUGGUUAAAAUGACAGCGUAUAGCCAUGCAGACCGCGUUAAGAACAAAGAACACUUGGAUCCAUCCAGAAUUCAAGAAAAGAUUUGUAAUGGAGAUGAUCUUUAUGACAUGUUACCCGAAGAAUAUACUUUCAAGAACAUAAUUGGGAAGAUGGGAUCAAUACCUCGAUCAGCUUCGGCAGUUCAUCUUCCAACUUACUUGAUUGAAAAUGCCGAAAAGUUCAAGUUUCUUCUCCCUGGUGGUUGUUUACGCCCACCUGAUUAAAUGAUCUUGUCACAAAACUAUAAGAGUAUGUUUGUAGAACACUAGUAUCCCAUAUAUCAAAUUAUGACUUGGUGAAUCUUGUUCUCUAGAUUAAUAGAAGGCAUUUGGCUAGAUUCCAUUAUCAUCUUAGAUGGAAACAUACUUCUAAAAUAGUUAAAUUUGUUAUGCUUUUCCA